AAUUAACUAAGAAGUCAUCUAACAUAACUUUGUUAGUGGAAAAGGGGUUUUUGGUUUUCCGAAUAUCCAAACACAGUCUAUCUAACUCAUUAUACGACGUCGUAAAUGACCACCGGAACCCAUCUCCUCCGCCUACUCGUCUCCUGCCGGAAAAUCACGGCACAGGUGACAACCACCAGCAACGAUACCAUCGUAGCUAUGGCUUCAUCAGCUGAGCAAGAGUUCGCAGCACAGUGUAGAGCCAAGCUCAAUCGAGUGCCUAGGUGCCGCAAUCUCUGGGACACGAAGAUGGCCUCUAGAGUCGGAGAUAAGCUCGGAGAUCGGCUCAGUGAAGUCGGAAUCCACAACUUGGAAAUCGAUGUUGAAGAAGAGCUUAAUAGGCCGGUGCAUUACCGGCAAAUGGUGGCGCCGCUUUUUGAGUCUGUCAAACGCAAGGGCAUCGCCGUCGUUGGAGCUGACAAAUUGGUUUUCUAGUCAAAUUUUGUUUCAAGUUUAAGCUGAUCCUUUAGGAAGUUUUCGAAGCAUAGGUUGGUUCAUGUAAGGUUACACAACUCGUAACAAUUGUGUAUUACCGAUCAUAAAAAGAUGGCCACUUCUAUUGGGGAAAACUCUAAGGAAAGUUCUUCCACUCUAGCAAGGCUUGCUCCUCUUCAAGCCGUACUAUUUGACAUUGACGGAACUUUAUGUGAUUCAGAUCCAUUCCACUAUCUUGCAUUCCGUGAGAUGCUUUUGGAGGUUGGCAAAAGAACAGUUGAAGCCUCAAAAUGGUCUCUACAAGUUGAGAAAGUGGAUAGAAGAUCAUGGUCUGAAACGAGCUGCAGUUACCAAUGCACCUAGAGCUAAUGCUGAACUAUGUAUAAAUCAAGUUGGCCUUGCUGAUUUCUUUGAUGCACUUAUUCUUGGAAGUGAUUGCAAGCAUGCAAAACCAUAUCCCGAUCCAUACUUGAAGGCCCUUGAAGUGUUGAAUGUAUCAAAAGAUCACACAUUUGUAUUUGAGGAUUCUGUCUCAGGAAUAAAAGCUGGGGUGGCUGCUGGAAUGUCUGUCAUUGGUUUGGCGAACCGGAAUCCAUCUCAGUUACUUAUGGAAGCAAAACCUGUUUUUCUUAUUAAAGAUUAUGAAGAUCCAAAGUUAUGGGCAGCUCUUGAGGAGAUUGACAAGAAGUUUGCCACCAGAAAGACUACAACAUGAGGCAUAUACAAUUAAGAGGUGAAAGUUGGACAAAGAACUUACUCACAUUCUAUGUUUACAAUUGAGUGUACUUUAUUGCAUAGAUAGUGACAAUUUGUACAGCAAAACUGCAUGAUGUUGGUUACACCUAAUUUUAUGAUAUUUGCUUUAAAGUUUGAAUUCA